AUGCCAUUAUCCCUGAAUGCCCGCUCCCUGCUCGCACUACCGCCAGCCAUCCGCGCGAGAGCCUUCGCCACAGCAGCCUCGCCCACAAUCAACGCGCUGCAUCCCGGAGCAGUGCCGCCGCCCUGCGGACCGUCAAACGCCCUCGACGAAUGGGUCGCACGAGAAGCCAGACCCAUCAGUCUACGCCAACUGACCUUUUUUGGACGAACAUUGACCGAGAAGCGGCUCAUCGAAUCUGCCAACUAUGUUCGUGUUGAGCUGCCAACGCGCAUCGCGCACAGGCUGCGUAACAUCCAAAUGUUGCCAUAUACCGCCGUGACCAAUCAGCACAUCAGCCAAGUCUACGCCCUGUACCACGCUGCCUUCGAGCGAUUCCGCAAAGUGCCCGAAGUGCGCACUCUUGAAGACAAUCAUCGUUACUGUGAGCUUCUGAAGCUCACGCUCAACGAGCACUUGGCCGUCAUUCCGCAGCUUGCCAUCGGAAUUCUUGAAAUCCAGGACUCAAUCAGCAGCGACGAGUGCGAUCGCUUCAUGAUCAACCUUUUGCGAUCUCGAAUCAGUCGUAGGACGAUUGCCGAGCAGCAUUUGGCUUUGACCCAUACCUUCCACUCGCUCUGGCACUUUCCCGGGAAGUCGACCACAUCACCCGACGAUGAGUUCGUUGGCGAAAUCUUUCUCAAGUGUAAUGCCAAGGAGGUUGUUGAAAAGUGUGCCAAAAUGGCCAGAGAGCUCUGCUCCCAAGCAUAUGGAUCACAUGUUGCCAUUCCUGACAUCGUACUGCAAGGCCAUCUAGAUACCACUUUCCCAUAUGUCCCGUCACAUCUCGAAUACAUCAUCGGAGAGUUGUUGAGGAAUAGUAUACAGGCCGCAGUGGAGCAGAGAGGACUGGAGAAGCCGCCGCCGAUCGAGGUACUGAUAUGCGGAACGGCGCAGCAUGCCAUUAUCCGCGUUUCCGACCAGGGAGGCGGUAUUGAUAGGGACAUCCUGCCAUACCUAUGGUCUUUUGCCAAAGGUCCUCGACGCAACACCCGUUUGCAUAAUCUGGGCCAGGUACCGAAGCUAGCAGGGACUAUGCAGGAGUUACGUCCUUCACCAGCCGACGAAAGCCAUGUUCCCAAAAAGAGAGACAGCUCUCUGACGACACUCUCAGAGCGACCGCCUGAUCUGAAGCUGGGAAUGGGCCUUCCAAUGAGCAAGAUCUAUGCAGAGUACUGGGCUGGUUCGCUAGAGGUGCACAGUCUGGAAGGCUACGGCUGCGAUGCUUUUCUGCAGAUCAACAGGCUGGGCAAUCAGAAUGAGAGGCUGAGCACGAGGGCUGCCAUGGAUGCUCUGUGA